GAUCCACGAGAGGAAGCGGAGCCCGUCGUAUUCAGGCGGCCCGGAGUGGAUGAUCUGGAGUUGAAGGGUUGGAAGAAAGUUUAUCGCAAGGAUCCGGCCACGGAGGUGGUUGAUGAAAUUUAUGUGGGUCCGAAUGGACAAGUGCGUCCAGACCUUUUGGCUGCCUUUGAAGAAUACCAAGGACGUGAGAGGAAGAAUGCCGGACAGGCGUUGAGCUAUGUGCAAGAACUCCUCAAACUGCAUGCUGUCACGGAGAUGGUUGUGCCGACUGACACGGACGCCAGCGUUGCUACGAAUCUGCAGUGUUUGCAAGCAGAUGGCCAAGAGGUAGCUGUGAAGACCACGAGCAAUGUGGAAGCCAAACGUUUGGCCGUGACAUCAUCCAGUCUGGAAGACUACCUCUUUCGUGGCGAUCAUCCUUUGUUGGCAGGCAUGAGUUGGGCCACGUAUGGAACCUGGGUAUACCGUGUGGAAUUGGCACGGGGCGCAGACAAGUCGGUGAAGUCGGCCAUACCUCGGUUUGUUGAUAUUUAUUUCGAUUGCUCGUACAAGCUCUACAACAGUCAUGCGCAGCGGAUCUCCAGUGAACCGCGUGUGCCUAUGUUCGAAGGCUUCACCAUGCCGCCGCUGACACACGACAGCGAGCGGAACGCCAUGUACAAGCAAGUACAGUGCCGACCAGUAGGAGUCCAUCUGGUGAAAGAGGUCGAUGUUCAACACACUCAGGAAGAGUUG